CAGUCAGGCGGGCGGCGGGGGCUCGAUCGGAGAGAGGUUGUUUCGCUCGCUUUGUGUGGCGGCGCUCGGCCUUUGGGGCUCUUCACCAUUUCACUAUGUCCGGCAGGUCGGUGCGGGCCGAGACCAGGAGCAGGGCCAAGGAUGACAUCAAACGGGUUAUGGCAGCAAUCGAAAAAGUACGGAAAUGGGAGAAGAAAUGGGUAACUGUUGGUGACACGUCGCUCAGGAUCUACAAAUGGGUACCUGUAACGGAACCUAAAGUUGAUGAAAAGAACAAAAAUAAAAAAAAGGGGAAAGAUGACAAGUGUGGCUCUGAAGUGACAACCCCAGAAAACAGCUCCUCACCAGGCAUGAUGGAUAUUCAAGAUGAGAACAGCAAUCAGAGCUCUAUAGCAGAUGCCUCUCCAAUGAAGCAGGAGAACAGCAGCAAUCCAAGUCCUGCACCAGAGCAGAACUUAGUAACCCAAGCAGAGAGCACUGAGGCUAGGACUGAGGAAGUUCAGCCCCCUAUCAAAGACCAACCCAGCUCUGAAGACACGUCACCGCCAGCAGAGUCAAAUUCCCAAACUCCCCCAGAAUUAUCUCCAACUGAUUUAGAGAAAUCAGAUGUGCAACCUUCAGGAGUGAAAGAGAGCACAGAGACUACCAAAGAUACUCAGGAAUCUGAAGAUGGGGAGCCACUUCCAAAAAAGAUCAGAACAGAGACUUCUCAGCAGAGUGCUGAGGAGAGUUAGGCUGCCCAGAAAACUCUGGGGUCAUUUUCCAUGCAAAGGUACAUCAACAGGCCUCAUUUCAGACCGAUCUUCUAGAAACUUUCACAUAAUACUGAACAUGGAGGAACCACUGACCACAAACGAAUGUUGGGUCAUAAUCCAAGAAAAUUUGGGAAGACUGGACAGAUAUGAUGCUGACUAAUUUCUCCUGUGAAUACACAUUCUAGUGAUUUAUAUAUUUAAAUUACUUUCACUGUUAAAGCUGGGAGGGGUGGGGUAGAAGAAAUGGACUCAGGAGGGUUUACGCACUGGUAGUUUAUAAAACUUGUCAAGAUCACAUGUUUUUGCUGCUGUAUUUCAUUUCUUUUAUUUAUGUUGUAAAAUAUUUAAUGAUGGUACAGGUCAGAAUUAGCAUUCGUGUGAAAUCCAUUAUUCAUGCCAUUUAAUUCCAUUUUUGUGCCUCUUUUUAAAAAAAAAAACCACUAUUUACAGAAAGUGCCCUAUGUUUGCCUUGAAAGUAGUAAGACUCUGUUGUGAUCAUGUUUAAUCAGUGUAGCAAAGUCUGAACUAUUCAGUCCUUUUCAUGUUUAGGUUUGCAACUUUAAAACACUCUACAAGUAUCUAUAGAGAUCUAUUUCCUUGAAUACAGCCAUGUAUAUAGGUUCUGUUCAUUUACUAAUGAGUGAAAAUAUGGAUUUCUGGAUACAAUAGACAUUUGUAGUUGAAAAUAAAUUUCUAUACAAAGGCAUUUAUGGUAAAUGUGUAAUUGGAUUCAUCUUGUGGAUUAACCAGAAAUCUGGAUGUAAAAGGAAACUUAAGUAAUGAAUAGUAUAAGCAGAAAUAGUUGAAACUUAAAAAUAUUUAAUAGGCUGUCAUAGUCCUUUGGAGAAUGAUCUGAUGAGUCAUUACAUAAGAGCAUCCAAAUGAACAUGUGCUGUGUAGGGAAGGUGAGGUAGUUCAUAGAGAGUUUGCAACAGAUUUUAGUGAUGCUUAGGCAGGCCUGAGAGCAGGGCAGUCUUUGGGCGCUGCCAGUUGUGGAAAGACUUUUUAGAAAUGGAAGAAAAUGCAAAUACUGUACCUUAGUUCUCAUCUUCUAAAAACAUUAAUAGUUGAACUAUUUCUGUACAUCAAGUUUCUGUUUUAUCAGCUAAUGCAAGCUAACCCUCCACUCAGAGUUGUUUCUUCAGUACUGGAGGAAACAUUUGACCGAAGAUGUGGGAAUAUAAUUAUUUUGAUGUCAAAUGUUACAUUUUCAGAAGCAAAAAAGUGGAACAGUUUCUUAAAUCACUUUUUUUGUGUAGUACAAGUGAAAUCCUAAGGCUUCUGUGGAUUUAAACCCUUGAAACCCCUAUAAGCCCUGAAAGCUGUGGCAUUAAAGAUGUAGAUACAAGUGUGAACUUGGGAAUCCCCUUCUAGGAUUUGGAAUGGUUUUACUUGAUAAUAGGGUAAUGUUUUAAAUACCAAUUCUGAAGUAUUGGUAGACUUGCUUAUCUCUUUCAUUCUCAUUUGAAUGAAACCUGUACCAUUUAAUCAUUUAAAAUGUUGAUAAUUACAUUUCCCUGUGACAGGAUUUUUGUUGCUUUUUUGGGAUAAAUGCUGUAACUAAGGAAAUUGGUUAAAGGCAUUACUGCUUUAUUUAUUUGAGACUUGUUUGGUUAUUUUUGAGACCCAUGUUCCAGCACUAAUAUAUGGAACUGAGCAUUAAAGAAGUUCAGAGCCACGGUUGUAUUCAAGGAAAUAAAGUUGAUGUGUAUAUAUACCUGCACUGCAUUGCAGUAGUGCUCUGCAUAAAAGUGCUUAUGUGCUAAGAACAAGAAUACAUAUGAUUCUGACAAUUCAUUUGCUCAAGAUUAUCACCCUUUCAUGCUUCACAUGCCUGAGUUUUUCCAUUUUAAAUGUUUUGAUAUAGUUUUGUUUAAAAUGAAUUGAAUACUUGAUAACUUUAUGAUAAAAUUGAACUCCAACAGUAAAUAGCAUUCCUAUUAUAAAUGUUUGAAUUUCUAACACUUGGGCCACUUAAGAAUUCUAAGACAUGAAUCUGAAGGCAUUUUGGUGGAGAAAUUCAACUCAUGGCCAUCUGUUUUUAAUAUCACAUUCACACUGCAAAUGCCUCAAUUUUGCACUGUGAUCUGAUGUGCCAGACCAGCACCUGGUGUCACAUUGGUUCAGACAAUACGUCUACCUGAAAUGAGCAUUGGACUCAAAUGUGCAAAAUCAGUUCCACGCUGGUUUGAGGCUCUGAGUGCAUACAAAUUAGCAGAGAUUGCAAACUGCAUGAUCUAUCUAGUUGUAUUGGGCUUUGAGCGACCUAUCCUUGAAGGGACUGCUAAGAGGCCCAGGAAGUGUGGAGUUCUAUUUUUUUGGACUUAGAAGCAAGAAUGCUCCUCUUGGACCCUGAAAACUCUGGCUCACUGCUGCUGGUACAUUUGAGGACCCAUCUCCCCCUCCCCCCCUCCUAGAUUCAACCUAUCAGCAUGGAAGCUUGAUAAUUUUCCAUUUUCCCCAAAGAAGAAACUACAGCAAGAUAUCUAUUUGUACUCUGUGUUCACAGCAGCAUUUAAACAAAGCCAAAUUUAGCUUGUGUCUUGGGUUGGCACAGACUGGCAUUGCUCUGCAGAUUUUGCUCUCAUUUUGGGUGCAAAUUGAAUUGUUCAACCAUUUUGUCCUUUCACAGUUGGCUAAAAUGUAUGUCUGGUGUUUCGAUUACAGUUUUUGGUUUAUAUACUUUUUGGGGGUAGGGAGUGGAAGUUGGUUUCAAAUUUAUUGCUUGGUUAUCUUUGUAUUGCAGGAACUAUACAGAUAGAAUGUCAGCAUUGUGUGCACGUGAAUACUAUUUGUCAUGCUAGUGGGACUACUUUGUGCAUUACACUAGGUUGCAGUGACUCAGGAACUUAGUAUGUCUGGUUGUUUCAUUUAUGAUCGUGUGCUUAAAAUUCUGAUGCUCAGAAGUUGAAAAUAGCCCUGGCAAAAAAUGUAUCCAGUGAGUCUAGAGACCCAAGCCAUUGUAUAAAGUGGUCCCAAUUAAUUUAUAAUUUGCAUUUACAUGUGCAGCAUUUUAGUAAAAUGCUUGAUGUGCCAAUUCUUGGCCACUUUUUUAUUGCAUAAUUUUCAUAAGUGAAGUACUCCUUUAUGAUGGGGACUUAGUAAAGUUGAGUCUCAUAAAUUGAACCUGUUUUACUGUUGCCUAUAGAGUAUAAAUAGGCCUGUGAUUUUACAAUUUGGAAACUGGCUGAGUGGAAUUGGAUCAAUUUGCAGUUAGUAUAACUGAACCACAUAACCAAAUAUCAAAUGAUGUGAAACUCUCUAAAUACAAUAAUACUGAAUAGUGACAGGAGAAACAGGGUGUUUCUUGGUACUGAGGAUGUAUACUGUUUGAAAAUUCCUGUACAGUAAUUGACAUAUUUGAGUCACAUGUUUGUACUUAGUUUAGUGGUCCAAGUUUUUCUUGGACCUUGGCAGUGCUAUUUUAGGUACCAGGUCCAUAGGGAAGGUUUCAUUUAUUUGAAAACCCUAAAGGAAACUUUUUUUUUUGUUUUUCCUUGCAGGACUUCCAAAAGCAAUCCCAGAAAGAUAUAAAAUUAAUAUCCUGUUUCCUUCAAAUAACUAGUCCAAGUAAUCAUUCAUUUCUGAUUUACUUUGGAACCUUGUUAUAAACUACUGGGGACCGACAAAACUUUUAACUAGGUUCCACAGUACUACUACUACUGCUAAACUCUUUUACAUUUUUUGGUUUUGUAUGCAAUGGAUGCGUAAACCAAAAAUAGUUCAAGUUUUAAUAGAGAGUUUACUAAAAGUGGCGAGGUGUAUAAUAACCCCCAAACUUGAGUGAAUUUUAUGUAGGUUUUUUUUUAGUUUCAAGACUGCUGCAGUGAAAGUUAAAGUUGUAUACCUCGUGUCAUGAAGGGGCUCAACAGUAUAAUUUUUUAAAGCUAUGAGCAACACUAAUGAACUUUGUAGGUGUGGUAUGAAUAUUUUAUAAAAUCGGGUGUAGUCUUGCCUUCCAUUACUAAGUUUGGCUUUUGCUAAUAGCAUUUCUGUAUGAUGUAAGUUGGGUAUUGUCUUUCUUUCAUUCCAUUUGAAACAUGUACAGUUGUAUGUUCAAGAAAGCUUCUGGCAAAAGAAAAGUAGAUAAAAUGGUUUUUAUUUCAUCAUGAAAGCAGCACCACAGCUAAAGCAGAAAAAUUUUAUGUAAUUUUUAUUUAAAAGAAACCUGGGGAUAGUGCAAGUUUUCCUCUCAUAAAAUGAAAGUUGGAACUUCUGUUACGUUUUAGUUACUCCCUGAAGCUUCCUCCAUCUGAGGAAUACUUUAAAACAAAUCCCAUCUAUAUCUGUUGAACUCUAAGCUGUUAUAUUGCUGGACUGUAAUAUUGCUAUGGCCAGAAUGAGUGUUUUAACUCUGUUGUCUAAAGUUUUGUCUUUCAAAUUUUGCCCUUCCAAUUUUUAUGUUGAAAGAAAUUGAAGAACUACAUUCCAAAUCUUUGUAGAAGUGCUGGCGCUUAUUUACUAAUAAAUCAAUAUGGCAGCAUACGCUCUCUUGUAAGUUUAGGACUUGAAAUCCAUGCUACUGCUACAUUCUAACUACAGAAAGCUAUGUGAAUACUGUCCAGGUGUCAACAUGAAUAAAUUUGUGAUCAGAUUGCCCAUUCUAUUAUGAUUUCCAGAGACAGAAGCUAUCAUGAAAAACUUAACACUUUCCAACUGAAAUGCAAUGUGUUGUACAGCAGUAUGUUUUCUUUAUUUAUUCUCAAGUAUGGUUUGUACCAUGUACAAUGGCUCUGUUUUCAUGAAUAAAAAAAUUGUAUAACA